GGCGAGCCCAUGACUGGUUUUGGACCCCAGGGCUACAAAGGCACUAAAGGAGAUCCUGGUGAACAGGGCCUGCCAGGUUUCGAUGGUGACAAAGGCGAGAAGGGAGAAGAUGGGCCAGUAGGAGAAAAGGGUGUGGCAGGUCUCAAUGGGAAGGAUGGAAACAAGGGAGUCAAAGGCGACAGAGGUCUUCAGGGGCAGAACGGGAAGCCGCUCCCAAACCUCAGUAACAUUCACUCCAACACAAUGGUCCUCAAGGGUCCUUUUCCCAAAGUUGUCCAGCAUAAGAUACAGACCCUAUGGGCUUACGAGGGCUUCCAGGACGCACCGGCUCUCCAGGAGCCAAAGGAAUCAAGGGAGAAACUGGAAGUCCUGGAAAACCAGGGAUCCCAGGAUUGGAUGGACCACAUGGACCAAAGGGAAACAAGGGAGUUCCUGGCUUGGGAGGCUUCAAAGGACAAAUGGGAUGGCCUGGGAAGACUGGAGUCGCUGGAGCAGAUGGACCUCAAGGGCCACAGGGUGAACCGGGGCCACAGGGUCCACGAGGGAAAAGAGGGAGACCUCAGCUUUGCCUCAGGGGAUCCCCAGGAAUGGAUGGGCAAAAAGGAGAAAUGGGUGAAAAUGGUCCGACUGGCCAAAAAGGAGAAAAAGGAGAUCCUGGCCUUUCUGGAUGAGGGUGACUUGAUGAAGCUUCUCAGAGGUCAGGGACAUCUGAAAGACCAUGACUUCAGGGACAGUGCCAAAAGGGAGGAGGAGGUGAAGGAGGUGGUGAGGAGCGAAGUGAGAGGCAGAUGCGAUUGCGGCGCCGAGUUGGGAAGGAUGAUCACAGAAAGAGCCCCUUGCCUGCAGCCGAUGGACGAGGGCUCCUGCCGACGCUACGCCCUGCUCUGGUAUUAUCACCUGGAGGCAAACGCCUGCCGGCCCUUCAUCUUCGGGGGAUGCCAAGGGAACAGCAACCGCUUCGAAACCAAGUGGAAAUGCGAGCGGUGGUGUAAAACCUCAGCAGCCAACGAGGACUCCAGGCAGAACCUGAAGGUGGUAGAGCUGCCCUAA